AUGGAAGCACCUCCAAAUGUUGUGACGUCCAUCAUGGCAAUGAAGAUCCUCCUCAGCUGUCUGCUGUUUCUCUGCUGUUUCCCUGAUGGCUGGAGCAGAUGUAGCAGGUCGAGACCACCCAAAGCAUGCGGCCGAACCAUGACUUCCAACCGCGGCACCUUCAAGUCCCCCGGCUUCCCUCGUCCCUACCUCACCGCCGCCACACACGAGGACAAGGUCUGUACCUGGCUCAUCACGCUUCCCUACGGACAGGGCAUCAAGUUACUCCUGUACGGCUACGACUUCGCCUUCGAGAGGUUCCGAUACACGGCUUACAUGGACGAGGUGCAGGUCUUCAGGGACGAAAUGUGCGGGGAGGAGAGCCGUAUACGGCAGUAUCAGGGAAAUGAUACGGAAUAUGACGUUAUCCACAUCCCCAGUAAUACAGCUUGUAUCAAGUUUUUUAGAAGGACUACACAGAAUCACAGUCAUACCGGAUUUUCCAUGUCGUAUGAAGCUGUGGAUGACAAUGGGGAGUGUGGAACCAACGGGUCUUCCAUAUCGUCACAAGAGGGAUACAUACGCAGUCCCGGAUAUCCUACCGCCAGCUAUCCACAGCACAUCAACUGCACCUGGGUCAUACAAGCGGCGUCCUCACAGACCAUUCAGGUGGAUUUCUUGGACUUCCAGUUGAGCUACAUUUACAGUUGUGACUUCGCGCCAGACUUUGUGCAGAUUGGCAGCACCAACAGGACUUACGAGUUCAAGUAUUGUGACCAGGACACGCCGUCAACCUUCACCAGUAAAAAGAACAUGGUCUGGUUAUUCUUUAAGACUGGACGAUGGAGGAAUAGAGGGUUCUUGGCAUAUUAUAAAGCUUCACUGUUGCCGGCUGCGUACUAUCUUCUCCUGGCCUCGCUACAGACUCUGAUUCCCGAAGACUUCCUCUGA